AUGUCAUUUUCAUCCGAUAAUUCAUUUGUACACUGCUCGGAUGGAAGUUUGACUUCAGAAGAUAUGGAAAAUGAUACAGAUGUUAGUAAACAGUUCUUCCCAGCAACAAUAAACAUGUCACCACUGAGUAACCAUGGCAUGUGUUAUAGUGGCCCAACAAAUUCACCCGGUAAGGCAUCACCAUUGAGUAGGACUAGUCCGUUAUGUCAUCACAACGAUAGUCCAUCUCUCCUAUCAAGAUCGGCCACGUCACCAGUAUUUCCAAGCUUUAAACCACAGGAACAACGAUUUAUUAAACCGAAAGAUUGCUCUUUGAUUACUGCAGUUGAAUUAGGUAAAAUUAUGGAAACUGUUGAUGAACAAAAUUUGCUAGUACUUGAUACUCGUCCAUUUACAGAAUAUUCUAAAUCGACAGUUGAGAAUUCCAUUCAUAUUUGUUUGCCAUCAACGCUUUUAAGAAGAAAAAAUUUUACCUUGGAGAAGCUGCUAGAUAAUUUAAAUGGGAUUGAUCAAUCAGUAUUAAGAACCAAGUUAAAUUUACAAAAUUUGAGAAUUAUUGUAUACGAUAAUACGACAAACCAAACAGAUGGUGCUAUUUCUUUGGCAUGUUUCGGGAUAACAUCAAAGCUAUUAGACUAUUCUCAACUUAAUCCAGAAGUAAAUUAUAAUAUAUCAAUCCUAGCGUCUGGAUUUGAGCAAUUUAAACUGAUAUUUCCAGAUUUGGUGGAUACUACAGAAUCAUUAAUAACAUCACAAAACAAUAGUCCCACGAAAAGAUCUGCUAAUAGCACUCAAUCUCAGGUUAAUCUGAGAUUACAAAUGCCACAAGGAAUGAAACCAUCCUGUCCAGGCUUAAUUAAUUCACCUCCUAAUAAUAAUAAUAAUAAUAAUGAUAAUAAUAUUCACACAAGUGCUUCGCCUGUCUCAGCAUCAUCUCCAAUUUCAGCUUUAUUCAAGUUUCAAUUGCCACCUCCACAAACAAUGUCCCCAAACUUAUUCAAAAUUUCUCAAAAUGAAGAACUUAUGAAUCUAGAAUCAUAUCUUAGUGCAGUAAAUAUUAAAGAAGAACAGAAAUCAUUAGAUGAGGGAGGAUCGCUACAAAGUUUUCAAUUUCCCAAAAGAAAGUCAAGUGACAAUAGAUUUAAAGAUAAACUAUCGGUUCAAAUUAAAUAUGAAAAAUUAAUGGCAGAAAAUAAUGAUAAGAUCGAAUUAUUAAACAGUGUUAUACCGAAAUGGUAUCAGGAUGCUAUGAAGAGAUCAAAAUUGGAUUUUAUCUCUCAGUAUCAAAAACUUGAUGUCAGAGAAAGGAAGAGAUUGAAUAAUUCACUAUCACGUAGAAGAAAAAAUUUCUCUGAAAUUCAAAUUGUUCAUGGAUCUGGAUCAAAUUUUGAAUCAACACUGAAAAAAAUUAAUUCACACAGUAAUUUAUCAAAUUCAGAAGCUAUCAUCAUACCGUCUGAAGGAACUCUGCCUGAAUUGCAAAAGAGAUCAUAUUCACAACCUAAUUGUAUCGCACCUCUAAGGAAAGGAUCAUGGGUGUGUGGGAUUGAUUCUGAAUCUGAUUCUGACGACGACAAGAUCGAAAUAUCCUCUGGUGUUGAAUUGGGUACCAAAAAUAGAUAUAAGGAUAUAUUCCCCUAUGAACAUUCAAGAGUUAUAUUGAAGAAGAAGUCUGUAUCAUCCAUUUCAUCUCUUCCUCCUGUAAUACAUACAAUAUCAGAAAAUCCCAUUGAUGAGAUGUCAAACUCUGGAGACAUUACAGAUAAUUAUAUUAAUGCUAACUAUCUUAGGUUACCAGAUUUUCCUGAAUCGGCCGCUCAUGGUAGUUCGAUAUCCAAUAAGAAUAUUGCUAAAAAAGUUCGUUAUAUUGCAACUCAAGCUCCUAUGAGGUCUACUGUCUUUGACUUCUUCACAUGUGUUUUAAAUAAUAAUGUUCCCUUGGUUGUUUCACUGACUAAUGAUAUAGAGAAUGGAAUUGAGAAAUGUUUCAAAUAUUGGGAUACGGCAACUUAUAGAGAUAUUCAGGUAAAAUUACUUGAAGAGAAAUGUAUUUCAACAAUUGACAGAAAGUUUUACCAAGAAACUAAUGCAAAUGAUGAUUUCAUACUUAGAAGAAUUCAAAUCUCAUAUGGUGAAGGAAAAGAUGUCUUUGAGACUUUACAAUUACAGCUCAAGAAUUGGCCGGAUCUUGGUACACUCAACGCUGCGGACAUAAUCAAGUCAAUAUAUUUGAAGAAUUUGGUGAUCAAAAAACUUUUUCAAAAUAAGGUAUUCGAUGAUGACUAUGUGCCUACAAUUUUAGUUCACUGCUCCGCCGGAUGUGGUAGAACUGGUACUUGGUGUACGAUUGAUUCCAUAUUAUGCAAUAUGGAAGCUUUUACAAUUCUAGAAAAUGAACAUAGAAAUUCUCCAGAAGCUGAGAAAUUAUUUGAUCCAAUCUCUUGGACUAUCAAUAAUUUUAGAAAGCAACGAAUAUCUAUGGUCCAAAAUAUAAAUCAAUUUGUGUGCAUCUAUGAUUGUUUGUUAUACUAUUUUAGUUCGAAACUAAGUGACUUAGAACAGUUGCCGGACAAUUCAUCAAAAUCAUUAAAGAUGCUAUUCAAACAACUUAAUUAUUUGACCAUUCUUGAAAAUUUUAUCUCUAAUAAGAAAAAUGAAUCAAUUCCAAUAUUUAUGUAA